UAAAGUUUCUGUUGCAAAUUGCAUUAAACUCUCUCUCUCUCUCUCUAAAGUCAAGAUAGCCGUUGCACUUUACUCCUCUUGUAUUAUUAACACUAAGCUACCGUUUCCCUCUUCAUCAAGGAAUCCAUCUCUCUCUCUCUCUCUCUCUCUCUCUCUCUCUCUCAAUACCCUUUUCCUCGUUUGCUUUAUUUUUCUCUUUCCACCGCUCCUCUUCUCCUUCAACAAAAUCCAAUGAAUACCCUUGUUUCAAAAUCCAUACUUUCUACUCCAUCAUCAAGUUGUAGAAGCAGUGGUAGUAGCUGUAGCAGCAAUGAGAGCAAUGAAAGUUAUAACUUAUUAGAGCUUCGACGUCUCAACUAUGAACCACCACCACCAUGCAAAUCAGUUUCUCAUAGAUCAUUGGCAAUUCUUUCAGAACACGUUGGCUCAGUUUCAUGUUUAGCCUUAUGUGGUGAGUUCAUAUUGAGUGCAUCACAGGGCAAAGACAUCAUAGUAUGGCAACAACCAGAUUUAAGGUUGUUUGCGAAAUUCGGUCAAGGAGAUGGAUCUGUCAAAGCACUAGCAACUUUUGGAAACAAUGUUUUCACUGCUCAUCAAGAUAGCAAGAUUCGUGUUUGGAAAGUUUCUAGAAGUUCAGAGAAUGUGUUCAAGCUCGUCGAUACGCUUCCAACAACAAAAGACUAUUUGGGGAAGUUUAUGAAACAAAGUAAUUAUGUUCAAACUAGGAGACAUCACAAGAGGUUAUGGAUUGAACAUGCUGAUAGCAUUUCUUGUUUGGUUGUUCAUAAUGGUUUGAUUUAUUCAGGGUCAUGGGAUAAGACACUAAAAGUUUGGAGUGUUUCUGAUUUGAAGUGUUUAGAAUCCAUUAAGGCGCAUGAUGAUGCUAUCAAUGGGUUGGUAGCAUGUAAAGGGAUUGUUUAUUCUGCUUCUGCAGAUGGGAAAAUUAAGGCAUGGGGAAAAGAAGGGAAAAAUUUGCAUACUUUGAAAGGUGUUUUAGAGGGUCAUAGAGAUGUUUCUUUUAAUUCUGUUGUUGUUUCUGAUGAUGGUAAAUGGGUUUAUGGAGGUGGUUCUGAUGGUUAUGUAAUGUGUUAUGAAAGAAAUUUUGAGAAUUGGAAAAUGGUAUGUGAAACAAAGGCACAUGAAAUGGCUGUUUUGUGUAUGUGUUUGAUUGAGGGUUUUUUGUGCACAGGUUCAGCAGAUAAAAGUAUAGGUAUUUGGAAAAGAGAGGCUUUUGGUAAAAUUUGUAAAGUUGGGGUUAUAAUUGGACAUGAAGGUCCUGUGAAGUGUUUACAAGCUUCAUCAUCUAAUAGAAUUGGUGGUGGAUUUUUGUUGUAUAGUGGGAGCCUUGAUAGAAGUGUGAGAGUUUGGUGGGUUCCAAAGUAUGAUGAAACAAAAGUGGAGGACAAAAAUUCUACAACACUUAGGAGCACAUUGAAUGAUUCAAUUCAUCAUAAUAUCUUAGCAACAUGUUGAUUGAAGGGUUAUUAAGAAGAAGCACAUGAUCUCUUUUUUCUGUGUCUACUGUGCUUCUUUCUUUGGUUAUUUUUGGAAUUUUCUUUGUUUUGAUUUUUGGUUUGUACUUGGUGUUUAUGCCAUUUUAUAUUUUUUCAUUCUAUUUUUGAAAGAGUUGAUUGUAGAAGUAUAGUGUGAAAUUGGGGGGUUAUGGUUUAAGUUUUAUAAUUUUCUUGGUAAAGAAAUUAGGGGGAUACAACAGAGUGAUUUGAUUAUACCUUUCUUUCAGAAUUCAUUUUUAUGUUUUCUAUACAAAAUUGUAACUGUGUCUAUUAAGGAUUCAAUCAAUGGAAUAAUUUAUUUUGUUUUGUGGGUUA